GUGUUAUAAAAAACUUUGAAUGUUUAUUCUCUCCUGAGUGUAUUCUCUUUUAGAUUGUAAUAAACAGUAUAGAUUGUGAACCUGCUUCUGAAAAAUAAAAAUACAAUAUUAAUAUUUUAUGUAGAACAUAGAUAAAUAAACAAUAUGAAUGCAAUUCGUCAAAGCAAUAGUUAUGUAUGGUCGGUACAGGAACCUGUUGGGCAGGGAGCAACGGGGACUGUUUUCCGUUGCCGUGAUAAGAAAUAUGGUGGAUGCUUUGCUGCCAAAGUUUUUAACUCCCAUGCUGAACGAAGACCAUAUGAGGUUAAAAACAGAGAAAUUGCAGUCUUGGAGAAACUUUCCCACCCAAAUAUAGUCCAACUCAUUGGUUUAGAGCAAGAGCAUGGAUCAAAAGCCACAGUGCUAAUCAUGGAAUUGUGUGAAUCAAGCUUGCAUGACAUUCUUGAGCAGCCUGAAAAUAUUUACGGUUUGAAUGAGCAUGACUUCAAGGAUGUUAUCAAUGAUGUCAGUCUUGGUAUGGCAUAUUUACAAAAUUCAAAUAUUGUACACAGAGAUGUGAAGCCAGGGAAUAUUCUUCGGGCAAGGAAAGGUUAUGGAAGGUACAUAUACAAAAUCACUGAUUUCGGGGCUGCACGAGAACUAAGAGAAGCUGAGCAGUUUCAAUCAGUUUACGGAACUGAAGAGUACUUACAUCCAGAUAUUUAUGAAAAAGCAGUUUUAAAGAAAUGCACAUUAAAAGGUUUUACAGCUGCGGUAGACUUAUGGAGUUUGGGUGUGACUUAUUAUCAUCUAGCAACUGGCGAACUUCCAUUUCGUCCCAUUGGUGGGCGCCAAAAUAAAGAUGUAAUGUUUCGUAUGAUCACUGAGAAGAAACAAGGAGUAAUAUCUUGUCACCAAAAUCCAGCCAAUGGACAACUUGUAUUUUCGUCAAAAUUACCCGAAAAUACAAGGAUAUCGCUAGGGCUUAAAAACUUAAUCACACCCAUUUUAAAAGGAUUACUUGAAACGAAUCCUGAAUAUAUGAUCACUCAUGACGAUUUUUUUCAGAAGAUCAAAGAUAUCAUUGAUAUGAAGGUAUUUUAUGUGUUUUCCACAAAAACAAGUUCAAUGCAUUGCAUCUAUUUGCGGCAAGAAGACAAUAUUUCGAAUUUACAAGACGUGUUGGCAUCACAAGUUGGGAUAAAUGCUUCUGAGCAGGAACUGUAUCAUAACAAUAUGGAGUUCCAACCAGACCUUAUGGCGCCUGUUUUGCACUAUCCAGACAUUACAAUUGACAAUCCACUCAUAUUAAUUACAAGUGAAACAACACCAUCUCAAAAUUUGCAAGAAAAGAAAUUCGCUAGCCUGUCACAUCUUGUCAACACGUCAAUCAAUCCACAAGACGACGCAAACAUAGCGAAGGUGUAUGCAAAUUUAGGGUUUUCGUUGCUACGUCAAGCUGAACUUCUCGUCACUGCACGAAAAGCUAUCCAUCAAACACACGAAACAUUUGAAUUUGUUCUUGAGAGAUUAUUUCAAAAUACAGAAGAAUAUGCAAGACACCUUCAAAUGAGAGUAACUGAUAAAUAUAGAAGCCUAAUAAGUUUUGCGUCUUUACUGGAAAAGUUUCAUGGCACGGGUGAAAACAAAUCGCCACCUCCAGAAUGUCGAGAGAAGUAUAAUGACGUCAUUAAAUGUUUAUCAGAACUUGAAAAAGAAUUUUUUGAUGUGAUGAAGAAAAAAAUGUUAAGAGAGGAGUGGGUUUCAGAUGCUGAUUUUUUAAAGACGCAACCAUGGCUCGAAUCGAUAUCUGCGGAUGCGAAAGUAAUUGAAAAAACAUAUGAAAGAUUCUAUAAGGAUAAAUUUAGACGAAGCAAUGCAACAAUACUGGAUGAUCUUGUUCAUAAAGCCGAAAAACUUGAAAUUAAUAAAUGCUAUCAAAGAAUGCAAGAUCAACUUUUGUCGUUAACCUCUCAUAAAAACCAACUGCACGACCUUCUUGGCAGAUGGUUAAGGAAGGCUCAAUCAAAGAAAGAGUGCUUGUUACGUCUGAAAGAAAACUUAACCCUUCUUUUUGAGGAAUUUGAAGAACAUUUUGAAAGACACUUCACAUUGUUCGAAACAGAAGUGAAUACGCUGGAAACUGAUUGUGUUUCGUUCCAGAAACUGGAAGAAAGCAUGCAAACCUUGGAACAUCUAGUUGAUGUUGCUAGACAGCAAGAAUUACAACUCAUCCAGUUAGAAGAAUUCGAUUCGGACGAACUAUCAGAACUCUCGCUGACACAAACUAACGAGAACACUAACAGCUCACUAGAUGCAAUUGAGAAAGAAGCGAUAUCACAUUAAUUCACUGGAUACAGUGUAAAAAGAACGAAACGCAAAAGCAAAUUGCUUAAUAUCAUGUGAGAGGUAAUGAAAUACAUUCGCAGAUCACUGAAAUCGAUAUUAGAAUUAUGAUAACACAUAAGCAGCUCACUUGAUACGAUAUUAGAAUAACGAUGACACAUUCACAGCUCACUGAAUACGAUAUUGAAUAACGAUAACACAUAAUCAUCUCACUGGAUGCGAUAUUGAAAUAAUGAUAACAUGCACUGAAGCAACGAAAGGAUGUUAAAAGUCACUGAAUUUAGAAUUUAAAAUACCAGAGAUUUUUUUAUCCUACGUCAAAACUAAUAAACAUUUCAAAAUUUCAAACAUUUUAAUAUUUGGUAAACUCGUUAUCAUUUUUAUUAGUUAGAAAUGAUAACUAGUUUAGGGGUGAGUAAAAAGAAGAACAAUUAUUUCAUAAAAUAAGCCUUUUUUUAUCAUAAUAACAUUUCAAAUCUGCGAAAGGUUCGUUUAAUGGCAGGUCGCCUUCUAAAUUAGUUUACAUUCUUUUUGCGGCUGAUACAGAGAUGGUCGUAACCAAAUUAGUUCAUAUGAAAUAAAAUUUAUUUUAAAACGCCAAAACGUUUAGACUUUAAAAGAUAAAAAGUAAAUAAAUACAUAAUAAAAUCCGAAAAUUUUGACUUUUUUCUUUACACAAAUUUGUUCUGUUUAAAUUUUCGGGUUUUAUUGUUUUCGCGAAUAAAGCUUUUUCAUUUGCCAGUUUUGACUGUCGUCCAAUGAAAUAGUUUGUAAGAUACGAUGCUUUUAGAUUUUGCACUUGAAAAAUUUCACCAUUGACACCAUAUUGCUAAUUAUACUAAUAUCAUAAUUACUGAUGGGGGGUUUCUUUUGAUUAAAGAUUUAAUUAUUUGUAAAAAAAUGUUUUUAAUAUUAUUCAAAUUUUGAUGUAAAAUUCCUUUA